CCUCUCGCGCCGCCACUUCCCUUCCGCCGUCCUCUCCCCCACAAAACCCUAACUCCCCCUCGCCCGCGCGCACCUCGCCGCCGCCGGAGCAGCCGGUCGCUGCUCCUUGUCCACACCAGCCAUGGCGACCCAGAUCAGCAAGAAGAAGAAGUUCGUCAGCGAUGGCGUGUUCUACGCCGAGCUUAACGAGAUGCUGACGCGGGAGCUGGCCGAGGACGGCUACUCCGGCGUGGAGGUGCGCGUCACCCCGAUGCGCACGGAGAUCAUUAUCCGGGCCACGAGGACGCAGAACGUUCUCGGCGAGAAGGGGCGCAGGAUCAGGGAGCUCACCUCCGUUGUGCAGAAGCGCUUCAACUUCCCCGAGAACGGCGUCGAGCUCUACGCCGAGAAGGUCGUCAACCGCGGCCUCUGCGCCAUCGCCCAGGCCGAGUCCCUCCGCUACAAGCUCCUCGGAGGCCUCGCCGUCCGCAGGGCUUGCUAUGGUGUUCUUCGCUUUGUUAUGGAGAGUGGUGCCAAGGGUUGUGAGGUCAUUGUGAGCGGAAAGCUCAGGGCCCAAAGAGCCAAGUCCAUGAAGUUCAAGGAUGGCUACAUGAUCUCAUCUGGUCAGCCAGUGAAUGAGUACAUUGACGCGGCUGUGAGACACGUGCUCCUUAGACAGGGUGUUCUUGGUAUCAAGGUGAAGAUCAUGCUCGACUGGGACCCCAAGGGCAAGGUUGGCCCGAUCACCCCUCUGCCGGAUCUUGUCACCAUCCAUGCUCCUAAGGAGGAGGAGGAGCUGCGCCCUCCGGUCUUGAUCCCAGAGGCAUAAGCUUAUGAGAUUUCACAUCUUUUUGAAAGCCUUGGGCAUGUUUGACAGUACCCCUUAAAACGCCAGUUUGGCAUGUUCUAGCUAGGUCUCUGUCUUAUGAUAAGCAAGGGCAAUGCAACACUUGGUUACAUUAAGUUUUAUGGACAAAAAGUUAUGUUCUGGUGCUAUGUUAUUUUUUGUUUAAACUAAGUUUUGCCGAGACAAGAGUUACAUUCAUAUGUAUGUCAAAUCGUGGUUUGUACCUUCUAUGCUUCCAUCUUGUCCGUUAGC